AUGUCACUCAUCUUCAACAAGGACAGACUCUACCUCGCUCUCUACGAGCGCCCGGGGUGGAACCCAGCCACUAACGAAGACAGCGAACGCUUCCACUUUGCCAUCCUCCUCAUUCCCAAGAACCCCAGGCUCGACGUCGACCCCGACUGCCCCAACAGUCCCCGCGACUCAUUUGUGAUCCACGCGGUCAGAGGUCCCAACGACAAGUUCUUCAGCUUCAAUGCCAAACCGGUCGUGGCCAAGACGACUAACCUCUCGGGUCUGAUUUUUCUAGGAAAGGUUACUCAAAAUCGGGAUUAUGUUAGGGAUAUAUUGGAUAAGGGCGUGGCCAUUGAGAAAGUGGAGGGAUACAAUUGCAGGACGUGGGCACGGGCUGCUAUCCAGCUCCUUCAGAAAGAGAAGGUAAUCACCGACCCGGUUGCUUUGGCCACUGACGUUGACCAGAUGUUGGAGACGGGCCGCAUGCUCACUGCAAAUUACAUCGAACUCGUGACCCCAACCUUUGUCCCGACUCACCUAGCGGAUGGGCACCUCUGUAAAUCUGCUUUACAAGGUCUCUAA